AUGGAGCGGCUGGAGCGGUGCGGGCGCCGGCUGCGCGCCGGCCUGGCCGCCUGGCGCGUCCGGCCGCGCCUGCCCUGGCUGCUGCUCGCUAUCGCCCUGCUCGGGUCCGCUCUCAAGGACGGCGACCUGGUGCCCGAGACGCCCAUGCAGAACAAGCGCAACCUGCUCAACGUGUACUUUGUCAAGGUAGCUUGGGCCUGGACGUUCUUGCUUCUGCUGCCCUUCAUCGGAGUCACCACCUACCAAUUCGCCAGGAGCAAGUUCCUCUAUGGUCCCACAAAGAGCAUUCUGAUAGUGCUGCGGCGCCUCAGUGCACUGCUGGUGGGUACUGCCGUCUGGUACGCGUGCACUAGACUCUUCAUAUAUGUUGAGAAUCUCACUGGCAUGUGCUCUACCUCAAAUGAACUCAAUGAGCCUCGCCGGCUCUAUGCCAACAAGCAGGAAUGCCACCAGGACAACGGGAUCUGGAAUGGUUUUGAUAUCUCGGGGCACUGUUUUCUUCUCUCCUACUGUGCUCUGAUGAUCGUGGAGGAAAUGUCUGUGCUGGAAGGCUUGUCUGUAGACCAGAACUCUAGGCUGCGUGUUGUGAUCAACGGUCUGUUUGUUGCCUUGUGUUUUCUGACCAUGAUCUGGGUGUUCAUGUUUUUAUGUACUGCUGUGUAUUUUCAUGACUUCAGCCAAAAGCUUCUUGGUGUACUGGUAGGUCUGACGGCUUGGUAUGGGACAUACAGGUUCUGGUACUUGAAACCCUUUUCUCCUGGACUACCUCUCCCACAUAUUCCUUCGAGUUCAAAGAAAUACAGUUAUAGCAGAUAAAAUAAGUUUUUAAAAUUUUUGGAUUUUGUUUUAAAUACUGACAUAGUUGAAUGUAGGAGUGGUUACGAUAUUUCCACUGUAAAGAACAAGGUGAUGAGCUGGGGAAGAGAAAAUCAAAUCUUGACUAGCUGAUCCUUCACUGGCUGGCAAAUAGUAAUGAUCUGUUUCCUGGUGAGGAGAAAAACUGGUAUUGCAAAAAGGCAACUCAUAUUUGGGAGUUACUGUCUGUGGUGUUUGUAUUCUCAGCCAAGAAUCAGAAGUUGGUCCAUUUCUGUGAUCAAAAAAUGGAAGAACAGAUCCAUGACUGACAGAGGGCUUUGCUCUUAAGAGUUUAACUUGUCUCAAAUUAUUUCUGCCUCUUCCCCUUUGGUUUAUUUUUGUCAAAGUACUAUGGAUGAUCCAACCCCUCCCCCCUCUUUUUUUUUGUUACUGUUUUUCAGUACUCCUACUUGUAUUGCCUUAGGGAAAACUCUCAUGACAGUGCUGCUGACUGUUGCAAAAGACAAUUACCUAUCAACACUCACUUGGUAAAGCAGUAUAUAGCUCAGCUGUGACCCUAGAACAUCUCGUGUUACCAAGUGUUAAAGACACUAACUUGCCAUAAAUAAUUCUUAGCAUCUGCAUUCUGUAGUGAAGAGAGUGAAUCUGAGAUCUGGUGUCUUAAGGAGGUUUUAUCUUCAAAUUCGUGCCUGCCUUUGAAAAAGAAACUCUUGGAAAAACAAGUCUUUAUUUUUUCCUUUAAAUGAAGUAUUUGGAAUAAUAUUGUGUCAUUUUAUUCUUGGUACAGAACCCCCCCCCAAACUCUUCCCAGUUCUGGUAAAGUAUAAUAAGAGAAUGGAGGCUUAAUUUUCUUUUAAUCUUGUGAGUUGCACACUUUGCAACCAAGAGUACUGUCUGAUGUGUUUCUUCCUGAAGAACAAUGAAAUUCUAGUGUUAUGAACUUGUUAGCCUAACCAGUUAUUUCCUGAAUAUUCUGCUUGGUGAUAAAUGAAACAAGAUUUAUCCUAAGAGCUGCAAAGCAGUAUGCUUAAAGCAAUAUUUAUUCUUACUUAUCUAGCAGUAUCAAUAAGCUACUUUAAUUUUGGUUGCACAUAUAGCUGUGGCCACUUCUGAGGUGGCUGGAAACCCACUACUGAAUAAAACACUACUAUGAUGCAGUGAAUUGGUAUGAAAUGGAAUGGUUUUUAUAAGUGUAUUAAUUAAACAUUUAGCAUAGUUUUUAUCUUUAGAAGCUCUUUAUUGUUUCAUAAAAGCUUAUUCAUGUUGCAAUUGCACAAAAUUUGUUUGACAGCUGUAGUGAUGAGUCAGACAACCAAAAAGUUCUGUAGCCUGUCUUUGGUGGAGACUGUGGACAAUGUCCAUUAAUUUGAUAGCCAACCUGAUCAGUCCAUAAUGUUUAGCCAUAAGUUCAUUAUUUUAUUGAAUUUGGAGUAUGAUGUGUGCCAAACCUGUAAUCUUUUUUAUUGUGUCCACAGCUCCUUUCCAUUAAGAGAGCUGUGGUAUCUGUAGUAAAUAUAAGUGUUAAUGACACAUUUAUGGCCUGCCCCUGAGGAAUGCUGACCUCCCUUGAAUUUCCAUUGAAUUCAGUGUUAGGUGGGAGUAGUAGUGCAUCCUCAUAAGGUACAAAUCAUCUCACAGAAAGAAGCUGUUUCAGGAGGUUAUAUUUUUUUUUAUCAAGUUCUUCCUUUUGUUUUUGCUUUAAACUGCCUUUAAGUUGCCUCUAUGGAAAAUUUGCACUGAUUUAACUCAUAUUGGGUUUGACUAAAAUUGUGUUUAAACAAUGCAGAUUCCUUUGCCAGACAUUCUUUUGAUGUAACUCAAGCCUGCUCGUAGUAGAGUUAAGCUAGACACUUUCAAGUCACUUUCAUCCAGAAAUAGGAUUACAUAUGCAGAUUGUUUUCUAAUUAAUUGCAUUCAAACUCCCAUUUUAGUUUUUUAUGUACCUUUGCUACAUAGACAAGGCCUAUAAACAGGAAUUGCUAUUUAUUUAACCAGUUGGAUUGUAGAAGUUAUCUUCAGCUCUAUAAAUAUGUUUUGUGCAAUCACUAUAUAAAUAUUUCAGUUUACUUCUAACUAGUAUCAUACAAAUUAUUUACUAUUUGAACAGUGUUGGAUAUGGUUAUAUUCACAACUUUAUUUAAACAACUAAUUAAAGAUACUUGAAAAAAUUAUCAGAGGUUGUGGCUUUCAGAAUCUUUUCCUGGAGUCCGUAAAGGUAAUGCUGCUGUUCAUCAUGUCCCUGAAUGAUCCAAGCUCCUGGUUUUCUUGUGAUUACUUUGGUACAUAAUUGAACUGUCAUUGAUAAUUCUGCAGUAUUUGAAUAGGAUAAUAUGGCACAAAUUCUCAAAAGUACAGGGUGUAAAAAAAUGUCCAAGAAGGAUUUCUAAUUUGUCCCUGUUAUGCCAGGCAGUUAAUUAUUUAGACAGGAGUUCAGUGUAACAAAGCAAAAGCCUAAUCCAUUGAAAUAUGCGGGGAAAAAAAUCCUGUGCACUGUAGUACUAUUUAUGAGUUUGCAAAUCAUGGCCUAAGUUUCUUUCUUGGUACUCAGAGACCACUUGCUAACUGUUAGCUUAGAACAGCCCCUGAACCCCUGAGCUUUUCUUUGUGCCUUUUGACUCUAUUUCAGAGUAAGUCUUAGUUUCCUUGUACUUUAACUGCGUUACUGUUCAAGUAUUUGCCAUAACUUUUACCUGAUUCUACUUUUCCCUGCACUAUUAAUAUACCUUUGUCAUAGAAUGUCAUAAAGAAAAAUGUGGACUCUGACAGAUUUGCAGAAAAAAAAAAUGCUCUGAAUAGCUGGUUUUGAUGUCUUCUACCAAAGGGACAGAUCUGUUCUUCCCAGCCGUCAGCAGUUGUUAACCUGUUUAAAGUUUUUAAAACAAAGUGUUAAUAUAUUUUUAAGAUGAAUGUUCACCUUUUGUAAUGGAUUCCAAAAGAAAGCAACUGUAAUCAUGAGAAAAAAAUCGUUUUUUGUUUUUACUUUUCUGCAUUAAAGUUAAUUUAGUACAGCUUUUCUCUUGUUCUUGCAGAGAUGUGUCUCCAUGUCUGUAGAACUACCUGUGGAGUUCUUCUCUCCAACAUCUUACAGCUACAUUACUCUAACAUGUUUGCUACUUUUUCUUUGCACAUGUUGAAGUCUGUAGCUUAUUUUGUGGAUUCAGUAUAGCAGUGCUUUCACAGAAAUAGCGUAUGGCCUGAGCGAUGUGCGUGAGGGAGUUUUUGGUCUUGAUGCCUUAAGGAUUCUUCUCUGCUUGGGCCAGUAAGGAAAUCAGCCAGCUAGAACAGAGUGGAAAUUAGGAUUCAUUUCACUCUUAUCUGGGAACUUCUUAAAAAAUUUACUUUGUUGGAGGCAAGAUCAGGCAAACAGAAAGAUGUAGAUCUUUUGUAAGAUUCAUCUGGACUUCAUUCAGACUUUGAAACAAACUGAAACUGUGGUUUGAUCCUUCCUGGAAGUCUUUGUUCUGUGACUGCUUCACUAAUACAAAGUGGUCGUCUUGAUUUACCGCUUUAUUUCCGAACAGUGAAAUUUAGGUUGUGGAGCAGCUGCAGUGAAAGAAUCCUGUUUUCUGUGUUGACGCAUUGUAAUUAAUGAUAAAGUGAGAAACACCCAGUUACACUGUGUGGUGCACUUUAAUGGAAAAACUGUACAGGCCACUGUGAUGAAUCUCCUGGAAAAUCUGAGUCUUUGGUUCUGAGCAAAAGUCUGUGGUUACUUUUCUCAGUGAAAUAGUACUUGUUUUCCCUCCUGUCCUCCACUGGCCUUUUCCAGCUCUUUGCCUUUGAUCAGCCCGCAUUUCUCUCUGUUCCCUUAGAAACGUGUUUCCUUGGAUUAUUUCUUGUCAUAGCUUCCUCUCGCCUCCUGGAGCUCAGAUUAGUAAUAAAUGCUCUUUACCUCUGUUAAA